AUGGGAAUCCUCAGAGGUCCACCUAUUGAGAGCCUGAGACACAAAGGUGGUACGGAAGAUUGAUGGAAAGUGAUUAUCAAACUUAAUCAUGUGGCAUAUCUCAGAAGCAUUAACCGCAAAGUUCCCAAAAAAUGCAACACACACUUCUGUAUAAGUACAUGUGUAUGACAAAUAGUUUUGUUUUAACACACUCCUUUUGAACAUAAUUUAUGUCUUAUUUAAUUUCUUAUGAAAUUUGUAUUCUUCUCAACCUGAACUAGCAUUACACACAUGCUUAACAUACCACUUAAAUAAGAGAACAGUUUAAGAUGCAUUCAACGACAGUAACAAAUGUUCAGUUCAAUGUAAUGUUUUUCGUCGAAACAAAGUUCAAUGAAUGUCGUGAGUCACUUGAACAUUUUGGAAGGAAUCUGAAUAGGUAUAUAAAUUUGGGAAUGAGAAUGUAAGGAGUAGAGAUACCAGACUUAAAAUAAUGGAACUUGUAGUCCACUAAGGAAACCAAGAUGAAUUAAUUAUUUGGCCAGGCUAAGCUAAUCACUGUGCUGGGUUGUCUAUAUAAAUAGGAGAGAAUGAUGAACCGAUGAUUCAUACCAUAAGCAGCAGCAACAACGAGUAAAGAAUAAGUCCAAUAUAUAGCAGCAUCAACAAGAAGAAGAUCAAGCAAGGAUGACAGGACUUAGCUCACCCUGUGGAGCGUGCAAGUUUCUGCGCAGGAAGUGUGUCAAUGGCUGUGUAUUCGCCCCAUACUUCUCCCAUGAGCAAGGGGCUGCACACUUUGCUGCCAUCCAUAAGGUCUUUGGGGCAAGCAAUGCCUCAAAGAUCCUCACGCAUCUCCCUGCAAGUGACCGCUGCGAGGCUGCAGUCACCAUGUCAUACGAGGCGCAGGCCAGGCUCCGUGAUCCAAUAUAUGGCUGUGUCGCACACAUAUUUUCUCUGCAACAGCAGGUGGUCAAUCUGCAAGCACAACUGGAGUCUUUCAGAACUCAGGCGAUACAAGGGUAUGGAGACGGUUCUUCAAUCUCAACCCCUCAAAAGGAUGACUGUGGAAAUAUGUUUGCUCGUUACCUGCAAGACGAGCAGCAACUCCUUUUCCAUCCAACAAUGCCAAGUAGUUCUUCGAUAAAGAGCGAGGAUCAGUUAUACUCUGGAAAUGACCACUUUACUUCUACCUCAACUCAAUCUGCACAACACUACGAGCCGGACUUAUGUAUGCCUGACUACAGCAACACCAAUCCUUAUUGCACGAUGGAAGGAUACCAUGACAUGGAUGACCUUCAGUCAGUAGCCUUUGCCUAUCUCAACAAGGCAUGACAAGAUGAUACAUUUGCUAGUUAUCUCAAGAGUUCAGACAGUUUUUGUAACAGUAACUUAGUGCGGAUCAAAUUUCAUAACACGAAUAUUGAAUUACUAGAAUAAGCAGAGUGGUGGUGUAGUUAUUUUGGUCUUGAAAAUGCAUAAAAUAUCUCAAGCUGAACUUUCA